AUGUCGCUCCUGGGGACGAUUAACCCCAAUGUCGUCGAAUCGACGACUGAAUCGACGACUAUCUCACGCGAGAUGCACCGCCACGACCCUGCUGCUAGCUUCAGCACCGAAGACACCGCCAUGGAAAAGUCCGAGGAGAUCGACGAAGAGGUCGUCGAGGCCGAGGUCACUCGUCUUGCUCAGCAGCUCACCCGUGAAUCGACUCGUUUUGUCGAUGCCGAAAACACCUUCAUCGAUGUCAAGGAGGAAUCCACCUUGAACCCGCACAGCCCUAACUUCAAGGCCCGCAAUUGGAUGAAGAAUCUCCUCGCUAUCACUGCUCGUGACCCCGAACGUUAUCCCAUGCGCCAGGCCGGCAUCUCUUUCCGCAACCUUAGUGUUCACGGUUAUGGUAGCCCUACAGAUUACCAAAAGGAUGUGUUCAACUCCGUCCUCCAAAUUGGUGGUCUGUUCCGUUCUAUGAUGGGAUCUGGCAAGCAGAAGAUCCAAAUUCUGCGCGAUUUCGAUGGUUUGGUCAAGAGCGGCGAGAUGCUCGUCGUUCUGGGCCGUCCUGGUUCCGGUUGCUCGACCUUCUUGAAGACGCUGGCCGGCGAGAUGAACGGUAUCCACAAAGAUGAAAAGACCCAGAUGAACUACCAAGGUAUCUCCGACAAGAAGAUGCGUGACCAGUUCCGCGGUGAAGCUAUCUAUACCGCCGAGACCGAUGUGCAUUUCCCUCAAUUGACUGUUGGCGAUACCCUCAAGUUCGCUGCACUGGCCCGCACUCCCCGCAAUCGUCUGCCGGAUGUCACUCGUGAGCAGCACGCCCAGCACAUGCGUGACGUUGUCAUGGCCAUGUUGGGUCUCUCACACACUAUCAACACCCGCGUCGGAAACGAUUUCGUUCGUGGUGUUUCUGGUGGUGAGCGCAAGCGUGUCAGUAUCGCCGAGGCCACCCUCUGCGGUAGCCCUCUGCAGUGCUGGGAUAACAGUACUCGUGGUCUCGACAGUGCCAACGCCCUGGAGUUCUGCAAGACUCUGAACCUGAUGGCCAAGUAUUCCGGUACUACAUGUGCUGUUGCUAUCUACCAGGCUUCCCAGAGUGCCUACGAUGUCUUCGACAAAGUAACUGUCUUGUACGAAGGACGACAGAUCUAUUUCGGCCGUACCGACGAGGCCAAGGAGUUCUUCACCACCAUGGGCUUCGAGUGCCCUGAGCGUCAGACCACUGCCGAUUUCCUGACUUCCCUGACUAGCCCCGCUGAGCGUAUCGUGAAGCCUGGCUAUGAGAACCGUGUUCCUCGUACUCCUGACGAGUUCGCUGAGGCGUGGAAGGCCAGCACUGCCUAUAAGGGUCUCAUGAAGGAAAUCGACGAGUAUGACCAGUCCUACCCACUGGGUGGCGAGUCGCUGCAAAAGUUCGUCGACUCCCGUCGGGCGAUGCAGGCCAAGAACCAGCGUGUUCGCUCUCCCUAUACCCUUUCCGUCGUCCAGCAGGUGAACCUCUGCAUGGUCCGUGGCUUCCAGCGCCUCAAGGGCGAUGCAAGUUUGACAUUGUCGCAACUCAUUGGUAACUUUAUCAUGGCUCUGAUCAUUGGCUCUGUCUUCUACAACCUUAAGGACGACACCGACAGUUUCUAUUCUCGUGGUGCCCUUCUUUUCUUCGCUGUCCUUCUUAACGCCUUCUCCAGUGCACUCGAGAUCUUGACUCUUUACGCGCAACGACCCAUUGUUGAAAAACAAGCCCGCUAUGCUAUGUACCACCCUUUCACAGAGGCUGUGGCCUCCAUGCUAUGUGAUAUGCCCUACAAGUUACUCAACAUGGUGACUUUCAACGUGACACUCUAUUUCAUGACGAAUCUUCGCCGCACACCUGGAGCUUUCUUCACCUUCCUUGUGUUCUCCUUGGUAACGACCUUGACCAUGUCUAUGAUCUUCCGUACGAUUGCCGCCACCUCGCGAACCCUCUCACAGGCCCUGGUUCCUGCCGCUAUCUUGAUACUGGGAUUGGUCAUCUACACUGGUUUCACCAUCCCACCCACCAACAUGCUUGGCUGGUCUCGAUGGAUGAACUACAUCGAUCCUAUUGGCUACGGCUUCGAAUCGCUCAUGGUUAACGAAUUCCAUAACCGCCAGUUCACAUGUCCGGAUGCAUCGUUUAUCCCUGUAUACGGUGCUUCUCUUAUGAACAAGGUUUGCAAUACUGGGGGCUCCCGUCUUGGCCAGGACGUUGUCGAAGGCGAUAACUAUCUCUGGGAUAACUUCCAGUACUCCAACACCCACAAGUGGCGCAACUUGGGUAUCAUGUUUGGUUUCAUGAUUUUCUUUAUGGCUACCUACCUGAUCGGUACCGAGUUCAUCUCUGAGUCCAAGUCCAAGGGCGAGGUUCUGCUUUUCCGUCGUGGACACGCACCCAAGCGUGGCAACUCUGAUGAGGACAUUGAAGGCACCCAGACCGUCAGCCAUGCCGAGAAGACCGACGAGACAACCAGCGAGCAGGGUGCUGGUGGAAUCCAGCGCCAAACCGCUAUCUUCCACUGGCAAGACGUGUGCUACGAUAUCAAGAUCAAGAGCGAAGAGCGCCGUAUUCUGGAUCACGUUGAUGGCUGGGUCAAGCCUGGUACCUGUACUGCCCUGAUGGGUGUCUCCGGUGCUGGAAAGACCACUCUGCUUGACGUGCUUGCUACUCGUGUUACUAUGGGUGUUGUUACUGGUGAGAUGUUGGUUGAUGGCCGUCUUCGCGACCAGUCUUUCCAGCGCAAGACCGGUUACGUCCAGCAACAGGAUCUCCACCUUUACACUACAACUUGCUAUGCUCCGUCAACCUGCUGCCACCCCCGCCAAGAGAAGCUAGACUAUGUUGAGGAGGUUAUCAAACUGCUUGGAAUGGAAUCGUAUGCUGACGCCAUUGUCGGAGUGCCCGGUGAAGGUCUUAACGUUGAGCAGCGUAAGCGUCUCACUAUUGGUGUCGAGCUUGCUGCUAAGCCCCAACUGCUUCUGUUCCUGGACGAGCCUACUUCCGGUCUUGACAGUCAGACCUCGUGGUCCAUUCUUGAUCUAAUUGACACCCUGACCAAACACGGCCAGGCUAUUCUCUGCACCAUUCACCAGCCCUCUGCCAUGCUUUUCCAACGUUUCGACCGCCUUCUGUUCCUUGCCCGUGGUGGUAGAACUGUCUACUUUGGAGAUAUCGGAGAGAAGUCCUCCACUCUUGCCAACUAUUUUGAACGCAAUGGCGCCCCUAAGCUGCCUCUUGAGGCUAAUCCAGCUGAAUGGAUGCUUGAGGUGAUUGGUGCUGCCCCUGGUUCUCACAGUGAUAUCGACUGGCCCGCUGUCUGGCGUGAAAGUCCCGAGCGCAAGGAAGUGCACAACCACCUGGCUCAACUCAAGGCGACCCUGUCCGCAAAGUCCGUCGAUGAGUCUGCCUCUGACCCUGCCAACUACAAGGAAUUUGCUGCUCCGUUCAGCGCCCAGCUCUGGGAGUGCUUGAUCCGUGUGUUCAGUCAGUACUGGCGCACCCCGAUCUAUAUCUACUCCAAGGCGGCGCUUUGCAUCCUCACAUCUCUCUACAUCGGUUUCUCCUUCUUCCACUCUUCCAACACUACCCAGGGUCUCCAGAACCAGAUGUUCAGUAUCUUUAUGCUGAUGACUAUCUUCGGUAACUUGGUGCAGCAAAUCAUGCCUCACUUCUGUACCCAACGUUCCCUGUACGAAGUUCGUGAGCGCCCCAGCAAGACCUAUUCUUGGAAGGCCUUCAUGACGGCCAAUAUCCUUGUCGAACUCCCCUGGAACACCCUCAUGGCAGUUUUCAUCUUCGUUUGCUGGUACUACCCCAUCGGCCUGUACCGCAACGCCCCCGAAGGCCACCUCCAUGAACGCGGAGCUCUGAUGUUCUUGCUCAUCUGGACCUUCCUCCUCUUCACCUCUACCUUCGCUCACAUGGUCAUUGCCGGUAUCGAGCUUGCCGAGACAGGUGGUAACCUUGCCAACCUGAUUUUCUCCCUUUGCCUGAUCUUCUGCGGUGUCCUCGCCUCCCCGGACCAGAUGCCCCGCUUCUGGAUCUUCAUGUACCGCGUCUCGCCCUUUACGUAUCUGGUCUCGGCCAUGCUGUCAACCGGUGUCUCCGGCGCCGACGCCACCUGCUCUGCCGUCGAGUAUCUCAGCUUCAAGGCCCCGGCCAACGAGACCUGCAAGCAGUACAUGGCACCCUGGAUCGCCAGCUAUGGUGGAAGUCUCAUGGACGAAAAUGCCGUUUCCGACUGCCAAUUCUGCUCCUUGUCGACUACCGAUGCCUACCUUGACCAGAUCGGUGCGCACUUCUCGGAAGCGUGGCGCAACUUUGGUAUUAUGUGGGCGUUCAUCAUCUUCAAUAUCUUCGGCGCUGUCUUCAUCUACUGGCUCGCGCGUGUGCCUAAGGGUAGCCGCAGCAAGAACUGA